AUGGAGCCGCCUGAUGACCCUGGGGGCGGAGAAGUCCCUGGGGUGGGCUGUAUAGUAACGAUUUCAAAUGAUGAGUCUGGAAUGGAAACAGAUGGAUCUAUAAAAUCUAGCAGUGGUGCUCGAAAACGGAGAGCCACUGUGCAUAAACAUUGCACCCACUGUAAUAAAAAGAGACGUAGUCGGAAACAUGAGGGCAAGGAAAUCAAACCAAACGAAUGUCAUUGCAUUCCUUUAACCAAUACCCAAAUUAGCACUGCUCCCUUGUUCAAUGAGUCACAAUCCAACCCGUCACAACUUAAUUCCUCUAAUGAAUAUAAAAAGCCAGAAUCAGUAGCACGUUUAAGAUACCAGCCAAGUGAUGCAGCACCAUAUGUUGUUCACAUACAAAGAGUACAGCAAACUCCAAAUGAUAGCGUUUCAGUCCACCCAAUUGCUUUUGGACGCAAAUUCUUUCCUAAAUAA